CUUCCUCUAUAAAUAGACCCCUUUUCUCUCUCCCCUUCUCCCCACCACCAUCCCCACUUUCUCCAACCUGCUGUAUUUUUAACCUCUUUCUUCUUCCAUGGCUAAAACUUAUUCAAUCCCAACAUAUUUCAUUCUGAUCAGCUUUCUAAUCAAUUUGAUAUCCAGCUUAACCUUAACAUGGGCUGAUGUCCUCCCCCACCAACUCCACACCCUCACUAUCGCCACUCGGCUCAGGGUGGAUCUAGAUGCCACUGCAAAAGCCGCUAGGGACUUUGGCAAACUUGUCCAACAAACCCCAGCUGCAGUGCUUUAUCCUUCUUCCAUAGAAGACAUUGUGUCUCUUGUGAAAUUCUCCUAUAAUCAGCCCUCUCCCUUUACUAUUGCAGCCAGAGGCCGAGGCCAUUCGCUCGGCGGACAAGCCAUGGCUCCUAAUGGGGUUGUGGUGGACAUGACAUCCUUGAAGAACUCCGGCGCCGGAAUUGGCAUCAAGGUCACGAAGAAUCCUGUGUCCGGUUCAUAUGCCGAUGUUGGUGGUCAUCAGCUAUGGAUCGAUGUGCUGCAGGCCACGCUCGAGCAUGGACUUGCACCCGUGUCGUGGACCGACUAUUUGUACCUAACCGUUGGUGGGACUCUCUCCAACGCUGGCGGCAGUGGCCAGACCUUCCGCCAUGGCCCUCAGAUCAGUAAUGUCCAUGAAAUGGAUAUAAUUACUGGUAAAGGGGAGCUUGUGACUUGCUCUAAAGAGACAAACUCUGACCUGUUUUAUGCCGUUCUGGGAGGUCUCGGGCAGUUUGGGAUUAUAACAAGAGCGAGAAUCCCUCUAGAGCCAGCGCCUAAGAGAGUGAAGUGGGUGCGAAUGCUUUAUGAUGAUUUCUCCACAUUUUCUGAAGACCAAGAGCAUUUGAUCUCAAUCAAUGGCCUGGACUAUUUGGAGGGCUCUCUCAUCACCAAACAGAGUCCUCCAAAUAACUGGAGAUCGUCAUUCUUCUCCAAAUCCCAAUACCCAAUAAUAUCUUCUCUACUGACCAAAAAUGGCAUCAUCUACUCCAUUGAAGUCGUAAAGUAUUACGAUGAUCUCACAAGCCAUACAGUGGACGAGGAACUCCAAGAGCUUUUCAAAGGCCUGAGGUUUCUUCCUGGUCUUGUUUUUACAAAAGAUGUCACCCUAGUAGAUUUUCUAGACCGAGUUCACAACGGAGAGCUCCAGCUUCAGGCAAAAGGGCUGUGGGAUGUCCCUCAUCCAUGGCUGAACCUCUUCGUACCGAAAUCUCGUAUCUCAGACUUCAAUUCAGGUGUUUUCAGGGACAUUAUCCUCAAGACAAACCAGACCGUUGGACCCCUCCUCGUCUACCCAAUGAUCAGAAACAAGUGGGAUAAUGGGAUGUCUGCAGCUAUACCAGAUGAAGAUAUAUUCUACUCUAUUGGGUUGUUGCAUUCAAGUGGGGCUGAUGAUUGGGAGCCCUUGGAGAAUCAAAACAAAGAAAUCCUGAAGUUUUGUGACAAAGCUGGAAUCAAGAUCAAGCAAUAUCUUCCCCGUUACACAACCAAGGCAGAUUGGAUGAAUCAUUUCGGUCCGAAAUGGAAAAUUUUCGAAGACAGGAAAGCUCAGUUUGAUCCAAAAAAUAUAUUAUCCCCCGGACAGCGAAUUUUCAAUUCCAUUUAAGCUGUAGAACUGGACACUUAGCUUCAGGUUUUUGAAUCUACAUUAGCCAUAAAAAAUAUUUCCAUGCAUGAAAAAUGCAGUAUUAGUUGAUUAGGUAGCGCAUAUGUUCUAUAUUCUAUCUUACAGGUUGGCAUGGAUAUUUAUAUAUUUUUGAAUAAAUACAUAUCCGAUUAGAUGGAAGAAACUGUAGUACUUCUUUCA